GAUUAUCUCAACAAAGUCAAAGAAACUGAACACAAUCGACAAACACCACAUACUCUCGAGACGAUGAAGACCUUCAGUUUGUCUGUUGCAGUGAUCAUCAUGCUUGCUUUCCUUCUGAUUCAGGAGGGUUGCACCAUCUCUACUGAUAAUGGGGAUCCUGACCAGCAUACAGUGGACGCAAGUGCAGGAACUGCUGCUGAGAUACUGGCAGACCAAUGGAAGGUGCCAGACAGCAACAGGCAGAAACGCCACAGUGGACCUUGCCGCUUUUGCUGUAAUUGCUGUCGUCGUAUGAAUUUCUGUGGCCUCUGCUGCGAAUGGAGAAAAGGAGCUCAGCCCGUUCUGCCUCCAAGCGAGGCAAAGCCCCAGGGCCCUAAAGCCAAGAUAAAGCAGUCUUUGGUACUUUUGACAAGAGUAACUCCACAGACUGAAGAGACUGAACACAAACAACAAACUCCACAUCUAAGGACAAAAAUGAAGGUCUUCAGUGUGAUCAUCAUGCUUGCUUUCCUUUUUACUCAGGAGGGUUGUACCUUCUCUACUAAUAAUGGGGAUCCCAACCAGCAUUUGAUGAACGCAAGAGCUGAAGCAGCUGCCGAGAUCCACGCGGACCAAUGGAAGGAAGAGGAUUUGGUAAGAGCGAGAGAUGAAGUUUUGGAAAAAUUUGAGAUGCAAUCAGAUGAACCAAAGAUGGAUUAUGGUGCCAGACCUGUCCGCAAUGCGAGAGAUUGCCGCUGGUGCUGUGGCUGCUGUGGUAAAGAACCUACAUGGUGUGGUCUCUGCUGUGACUGGUGAUUCCUGAAAUCUUCUGUCAUCAACCUGUGUGCAUCCUUCACUACACUGAUAUUAACAUUUCUGAAAUACAUUGUCAUACAUAAAAUCAAA